UUCAAUUCGAUUUGUAUUUGAAUAUUUCACUUAUUUUAUUGGAAAGUAUUUCUCUAAUUUACGUUAAAGUCUAGCAAUUUAAACAUUCGAUAUUGCAGCAAAAAAUAUUGAUAUUCUAUUAUAAGUUUUGAAGAAACAAUACUUGUUUUUCAAUGUCUGAUAACCUGUGUGAAGUGUCAAUUAAAAUUAGAAAUUUUUUAAUUCGAUAUAAAGAGAUCAGCUUGGAAGUACCAGAGGCGUUUAAAAAAUGUGUCAAUUGUGUAAGACAUUGCCGCCAGAUAGGAAUUCCUGGUAAACAUUUUGCAAUUCUAAACAUAUAACGGAAAUUUAUUUUUCAAAGGUCGCCGAUGCGAUCGUUGUCUUCCAUACGCAAGUAUUGCGAUUAUUGAGUUCCUACCAGUUCCUAAGACAUUCUGAAGAUCCAUCGGACUCACCGAGUUUAAUAAAAUCUCAAGUCGUGGCAUUGUUACAUUUAGUUCGUUUUGUGUUGCGUGCCGACACACGCGCUUGGAAUAUGACUAAAGAGACACUGGUUGUUGCGCGCAUACUCAAAUAGGCUGGAUCAAUUGCGGGGUACGCUUUCACAAAUGCGAUUAAUAGAAACACAAUAUUUUAUUUGAAGAGCUUUAACUAAUAAAUUACCAGAAAGUAUUUGGCACUUUUUGCUUUACAUUCUUGCUACACCUCUCGAGUGUAAAUUUUCAGUCCGAGCGAAAACCACGAAAAGGAAAAUUCAUAGGAAAUUAGUUUGCUGAAUUGAACAACACACAUUUAGUGGUACGUGCAAUAAAAUAAUUUUUCUUUUCAGAGGCUAAUUAGCCAAUUAGCACACAAUUUUUCAAACAUAUCGAUAUGUAUUCAACGAAACACAUAGGCAUUUCUUAAACUCUAAAGUCGACCGAGUUGAAUUUAACCGUUUGCCUCAAGUAGCACAAAGCCCCGCUAAUUUAUGCGACAUUGAAUAAAUGAUUUGUUACAUUACAGACAUAAUGAUGCUGAAAGGACGUAUAUUGUUCUGUAUCACAAAUGUUAUAUACGCAAUAUGUCGUCGGACCUUAUUGUUCAUUUACAAGAAGCCUCCAUGCAUACCGCCGAUAACACAUCCGAUAUACAUGUUGAGUGCCACGACGCUCGCUAGAAAAAUAAGACAAAGAGAGAUUACGAGCUGCGAAGUAGUGGAAGCGUAUAUUAUGCGUAUUAAAGAAGUGAAUACAUUCAUAAACGCUGUCAUCGACGAACGAUUUUCCGAUGCAUUAAUCGAGGCGAAAAAUUUUGACGAGCAAUUAAAAAAAAGCGAAUUUGAUAUAGAAACUUUAGAGAAAUGUAAACCGCUGUACGGUGUUCCAAUUAGCAUUAAGGAGUGUCUAGCUGUAAAAGGCUUGAGUCACACAGGUUGCACUUUGCCUCGUAAAGGAAUUAAGGCGGAUCGCGAUGCGGAUAUUAUCGAGAUUCUCCGAAAUGCCGGCGCGAUACCAUUGUGCGUUACGAACACGCCAGAGAUGUGCAUGGGUUUCGAUACCACAAAUCGGCUGUAUGGCCGCACUUGUAAUCCUUAUGACGCUAGGUAUUCGUCCGGUGGAUCAUCCGGUGGAGAAGGUGCAUUGCUCGGAGCAGGUGCUUCCGUGAUAGGUAUUGCUUCGGACCUGGCUGGCUCUAUAAGAGUACCGGCUUUUCUAAAUGGUAUAUUCGGGCACAAAACCACGCCUGGAAUUAUUCCGAAUAAUGGACACUUCCCAUACUGCGAUGACACGUUCUUUCAAAUGCUCCUAACCGUCGGUCCAAUGGCCAAAUACGCCGAAGAUCUCAGCCUGCUUAUGAAAGUGAUGACAUCGAAGUGCAAUCGCGACCUACGUCUAGAUGUGCCGGUGGACUUGAGGCGAAUAAAGAUCUACUACCGAGAAGGUGUGGGCAAGACGUUUGGCGCACUGCCAUUGUCGCCGCAAAUUGAGAAAUGCGUUCAGCAAGCCGCUAAUCAUUUUAAGCGAUAUGAUAUUCCGGUGGAGAAGUUACCGAUAGAAUGGCCAUCGAUAGUUCACGAAGUAGUGCUAACUGGACUCUUGAAUAUAAAGAAUCCCCCUCAAUUGCUGCUGGAUGCGAACAAUCCCGAGCGCCAGAAAAAUCCAAUCGUCGAAAUGAUGAAAGCUCUAUUCGGCUUGUCGCAACACACGAAGCAGAUGCUUGCUAUGACUAUACCGCUUAAAUCGCAUUUUCCAAUCACGAAAUCAGAGAUAUCGUAUUACUCGAAACAGGGAGACGAGCUACGACAGAAACUAUUGGAUCUAUUGGGGGAUGACGGAGUAUUUAUCUACCCGACUUUACGAAACUCGGUUCUUCCGCAAUUUAUCCUGUACGAACUAAUGUCCUUUGUAAGCUGCGGUUUAUUCAAUAUUUUCGGCUGUCCCGGGACGCACGUCCCGAUGGGGUUGGAUCAUGAAGGGAUGCCAGUAGGCGUUCAGGUCAUAGCCGCGCCUUAUCAAGACCGUCUCUGUCUGGCGGUUGCAAAAGAGCUGGAGAUGGCCUUCGGUGGAUGGGUGCCACCAUCGGUAUCGAUAGGGUGAUAUAAGUGGCUGAAGGCUUCUGUAAAUAAAUUGAAUCUAGCUGGGCAAUUGUAUCUUUACUGCAAAUGGCGCACGAAUAAAGACUGUGGUAACAUUGAUUUUUUAGCUAUCCCUCUUAAGUCUAAUUAGUACUUAGACUACAAAUUGCAAUUAAAUUGGAAUUUGAUCAAUUAAAGCAAAGUUAACUAAACUCGAAGUAAGUUUUCUUUCUUUGGAUUGGUUAAAUUCCAAUCCAGUCUCAAGUAAACUUCCUGUUACACUACUGCAAUAAAAUUUAUAUUGAAUCU